AUGGCGGAGCGAGUAUCUUCCGUGUCGGCAACAACCACCGUGCCGCGCAGUCUUUUUAUUGAAGAGAACUACACCAUCGUCAAGAAGCUGGGCAAAGGGCAGUUCGGAGAGGUGAAGGAAGUCUUGAAGACUGGGACCCAGCAGCGGUUUGCAUGGAAGCAAGUCACAUCGGAGCAGGAUCCAUACUACGAAGUUGAAGCUCAAAUACUUCGAGACCUGCAUCAUGAUGGCAUUGUGAGCAUCGUUGAAGCCUACUCCCAAGACGGCGUCGUAGACAUGGUGCUAGAGCUGUGCCAAAAGAGCUUGCAGUUCGAUAUGGACUCGCGAUUGGAACCUGCUCCAAUGACUGGCAAAAAGCAAUACAUGCGCCCUCGAUCGUGCGACAUUGCUUCGACCAUGGAGCAACUCUUAGCAGCGGUGUACUUUCUUCAUGAGAACGGGGUGUCGCACCGUGACAUCAAGCCUGACAACGUCCUCAUGUCAGUGGGCGGCACGUGGAAGCUGGCCGACUUCGGUUUGGCGACCCGGUUCAACCGCGGAAGCUACAUGACCGGAGAGGUCGGCACCCAACCCUUCAUGGCCCCGGAAGUGGAGCAAAGGCACUACACCGAGAAGUGCGACAUCUACAGCAUGGGAGUUCUCUUUAUCGCCUUGACGAUCGGGAAACAGUGGUGGCGGCCAGAGAGUCUGGAAGACGACGAGGCCAAAGAGCAGGCCAAGCAGAUCUUGACGCUAAAGACCUGGAAGGAACAAGAGCUCAGCGCUGGCGCUUUGGAGUUUGCCAAGCGGAUGGUGUCUUCGGAAAGUGAGCGCGGCAGUGCAGAAGACGCCCUGAAGAAUCCAUGGUUGCAAAAAUUAUCCUCGCAAGCAGACGGCGUCGUAGACAUGGUGCUAGAGCUGUGCCAAAAGAGCUUGCAGUUCGAUAUGGACUCGCGAUUGGAACCUGCUCCAAUGACUGGCAAAAAGCAAUACAUGCGCCCUCGAUCGUGCGACAUUGCUUCGACCAUGGAGCAACUCUUAGCAGCGGUGUACUUUCUUCAUGAGAACGGGGUGUCGCACCGUGACAUCAAGCCUGACAACGUCCUCAUGUCAGCGAGCGGCACGUGGAAGCUGGCCGACUUCGGUUUGGCGACCCGGUUCAACCGCGGAAGCUACAUGACCGGAGAGGUCGGCACCCAACCCUUCAUGGCCCCGGAAGUGGAGCAAAGGCACUACACCGAGAAGUGCGACAUCUACAGCAUGGGAGUUCUCUUUAUUGCCUUGGCAACUGGGAAACAAUGGUGGCGGCCAGAAAGUCUUGAAGACAAAGAGGCCCAAGAAAAGGCCAGGCAGCUUUUGACGCUGAGGACUUGGAAAGACUUGGAGCUAGGCCAUGGUGCUUUGGAGUUUGCCAAGCGGAUGGUGUCUUUGGAAAGUGAGCGCGGCAGUGCAGAAGACGCCCUGAAGAAUCCUUGGUUGGUGCAGAAAGUGUCCUCGCAAGCAGGCUGUUGCGCGAUCAGUUAA